AUGGUCAACUUCACGAUCGAAGGGAUUCGGUCCUUGAUGGACAGGCCCACAAAUGUGCGCAACAUGUCCGUCAUUGCGCACGUCGACCACGGCAAGUCCACUCUGACUGACUAUUUACUGGCCCGGGCCGGUAUCAUCUCUUCCGGCAAGGCCGGAAAAGCUCGAGCGACAGACACUCGAUCAGAUGAACAAGAACGUGGUAUCACCAUCAAGUCCACGGCUAUCUCGCUCUACGGCACCCUGCCCGAAGAGGAGGACCUUAAGGACAUUCCCGGUCAGGCGCCGGUCGGCAAGGACUUCCUCAUCAACCUGAUCGACUCCCCCGGCCACGUCGACUUCUCCUCUGAGGUCACUGCUGCCCUUCGUGUCACCGACGGAGCACUGGUUGUUGUCGACACUGUGGAAGGCGUGUGCGUGCAGACCGAGUCUGUGCUUCAACAGGCUCUCAGUGAGCGCAUCAAGCCGGUCGUCAUCAUCAACAAAGUCGACCGUGCCCUCCUCGAGCUCCAGGUCUCCAAGGAGGACCUCUACCAGUCCUUCUCUCGCACCAUCGAACAUGUCAACGUCAUCAUCUCCCCCUACUUGGACGAGGCGCUAGGUGAUGUUCAAAUCUACCCCGAGAAGGGUAAUGUUGCCUUCGGCUCCGGUCUCCACGGCUGGGCUUUCACCAUCCGCCAAUUCGCCGUCCGGUACGCCAAGAAAUUUGGUGUUGAUCGGAACAAGAUGAUGGCGCGCCUCUGGGGCGACAACUACUUCAACCCGGCCACCAAGAAGUGGACGCACCAGAACCACACCCACGACGGCAAGCAGCUGGAGCGUGCCUUCAACCAGUUAAUCCUGGACCCCAUUUUCAAGAUCUUUGCCGCCGUCAUGAACUCCAAGAAAGAUGAAAUCAGCAACCUGCUAGAGAACCUCGACAUCAAGCUCGCUACCCAGGAUCAAGACAAGGAGGGCAAGCAGCUCCUCAAGGCCAUUAUGCGAACAUUCUUGCCGGCCGCUGACUGCCUACUGGAAAUGAUUAUCCUCCACCUCCCGUCCCCCGUCACUGCUCAAAAGUACCGUGUCGACACGCUUUACGAGGGUCCCCCUGAUGAUGAGGCUGCCACCAGCAUCCGUAAUUGCAACCCCAAUGGGCCCCUCAUGCUUUAUGUCUCGAAAAUGGUGCCGACUUCGGAUAAGGAUCGCUUUUACGCCUUCGGUCGUGUCUUCUCCGGUACCGUGCGCUCGGGUAUCAAAGUCCGUAUUCAGGGGCCUAAUUACAUCCCUGGCAAGAAGGAGGAUUUGUUCAUCAAGGCUAUUCAGCACACUGUGCUUAUGAUGGGGCGUAAGGUCGUGCCUAUUGAUGACAUGCCUGCGGGUAACAUUGUUGGUGUUGUCGGUAUUGACCAGUUCCUGCUUAAGUCCGGCACCAUCAGCACCAGCGAUACGGCCCACAAUCUCAAGGUUAUGAAGUUCUCCGUAAUGCCUGUUGUGCAGCGGUCGGUCGCAGUCAAGAACGCCCACGAUCUUCCUAAACUUGUAGAAGGUCUCAAGCGUCUGUCUAAGUCUGAUCCCUGUGUCUUGACCAUGACUAACAACUCUGGUGAAUACAUCAUUGCCGGUACCGGUGAACUCCACCUUGAGAUCUGCUUGAAGGAUCUCGAGGAGGACCACGCUGGUGUCCCCCUAAACCUCUCGGACCCUGUUGUCCAUCAGUACCGUGAGACUGUCUCUGCCCAGUCUAGCAUAACUGCUCUCUCCAAGUCGCCCAACAAGCACAACCGUCUCUAUAUGGUUGCAGAACCAAUGGUCAAGGAAUUGAGUCAAACGAUCGAGGCCGGCAAUAUCAGCCCUCGCGAUGAUUUCAAAGCUCGCGCCCGUAUCCUUGCCGAUGAUUUUGGCUGGGAUAUCACGGAUGCCCGCAAGAUCUGGGCCUUUGGUCCCGACACCUAUAGCGCCAAUCUGCUUGUUGACCAGACUAAGGCUGUCCAGUAUCUCCAGGAAAUCAAGGACUCUGUGGUGUCCGGCUUCCAGUGGGCAACUCGCGAAGGUCCUGUUGCUGAGGAGCCUAUGCGCUCAGUCCGGUUCAAUAUUCUCGACGUAACCCUGCACGCCGAUGCUAUUAACCGUAGCGGUGGUCAGAUCAUCCCUACGGCACGCCGUGUGCUGUACGCCGCUACUCUUCUUGCUGAGCCUGGUAUCCUCGAGCCCAUCUUCAACGUCGAGAUCCAGGCUCCCGAGCAGGCUAUGGGUGGUGUCUACGGUGUCCUCACCCGCCGUCGUGGUCAGGUCUACGCUGCGGAGCAGCGUCCUAAUACCCCUCUGCUUAACGUUAAGGCUUACCUGCCUGUUGCCGAGUCCUUCGGUUUCAACGCCGAUCUCCGCCAGGCCACCGGUGGUCAGGCCUUCGCUCAGUCCGUCUUCGACCACUGGGAAGAUCUUCCUGGUGGCUCUCCUCUUGACCCUACCACCAAGCUUGGUCAGAUCGUGGCUGAGAUGCGUAAGCGCAAGGGUCUCAAGGUCGAGGUCCCAGGCGUCGAAAAUUACUACGACAAGCUAUAA